AUGGCGCAGGUGGAUCGUGCACAAUCAAACGCAAUGAACCUUCAAGUACUUAAACGUCAAGAUGCAGAUGUGAUGGAGAUUGUUGAUACAGCAAGUCAUGUUGUUAUGUAUGAGUUUAAUCAGGAUACACAGAGUUGGAAGCGAAAGGAUGUAGAAGGGUGUUUGUUUGUAAUCAAGCGAUCAUCGUCACCACGUUUCCAGAUUUUUGUGAAUAAUCGACUAAAUACGACAAAUAUGACGCUAGAACUGGACGGACGUCUUGAAGUGGAGAAUGUCGAUAGUUUUCUGAUACUGCGUAGCCCUGAUGCGACGUACUCAACGGGUUUUGCAAUUUACGGUAUCUGGUUCUUUCCUGAAGAAGAUCGUGCCAAAAUCCUGCAGUUACUACAAGUGCUUAUUCAGUCGCUCAAGGCUCCACAGAGCGCAGCUAUUACGAAUAGUACGCAGCAACAACCCAUAACAACCCCGUCACCGCUUCACACGCAAGCAAAGCCGAAGCAGCAGCAGACGUUACAGCCCAGUCAGCAGCGGAAUCGGCAGCUGGAACGUCCUCCGUCGCAGUUGCGCAAUCGGGGACGUUCACGCAAUAAACGAGACGAUCCAAAGCGCUCCGUUGCCGCUACAAACACCCCUAUCGCGAUCUUACAGCGAUCUCCGAAAGGCAAGCGGAGCAACAGCAGUAGUAGUGGCGGUAGCGCAAAAAACAGCAUGGUCAAGCAGGAAACUGCCCCGGCGGUUGCCAACUCGUUUAGUAUGAUGUCUAUCUCGAAGGUAGAUGGUAUUACUGCGGGUGAGGCCAUUAUGGGCAUGAUCUCGCAGAAGCCGCAGCAGCAGCACAAGCAGCAGUCGCCGGCUUUCACUGUGAACAAGGAACAACUGAAACAGACUCUGAUCGGCCUGCUUGAUGACGCACAGUUCUUUGACCAGAUUUACCACGCGUACGUGGACCGUGUGUCGAACCGAGGAUGA